AACCGAACCGAACCAUUGAAGUGUAUCCGCUCCGAGAGAACGAAUCAAAAUUUCAAUUAUAAAAUCGUUCCGAUCCGGAGCGAACCAUUUUUUAUUAUGAUUUCAAACGCUCCGGUUUCGAACCGGAGCAUGAAAAACCAGUUUUGGAGCGGUUUCUUUAUCUAAAAAGGAUUUAAUUUAUUUAAAAAGAUUUACCACGUUUGAAUCUUUGCUACAUAGCUGGAGAGGUGGUAAAUGUGCAAAUUUCACCAGUUCGGUUCGAUUUGUAUUCCAAGUUCUAAAUAAUUUACUUCAUUCAUUCGGUUUUCGGGGCGGUUUUUAAACUCGAACCGGUUCAAAACCGCUCCAAAGAACGUAUUUAUGCUCCGGUUUACAAUCUUAUUCGCUCCGGUUCGGUUUACAUCCCAAGUUCCAAAUAAUUUACUCCGUAAAUUCAUCCGGUUUGCGGAGCGGUUUUUAAAUUCGAACCGGUUCAAAACCGCUCCAAAGAACGUAUUUUUGCUCCGGUUUACAACCUUGGUUUAUUCUAUAAAGUCAACACUAGUUAUUUUUAAAUUAUAUAUUUGUUAUAGUUAGUGAUGCUUCUCUCACUUUUAGUCACUACAUACCAAUGUUAAAAAUUGAAAAUUUUUGCAAAACUAUUUAUCUGGGAAAGACCGUAUACAACAUUGGAAUCUACCUAGUCUAUUGCUGACACACGUGUAGUGAUGUUAUAAGCUGUAACUGCUGCAAAAACGUGUGAACAUAACGGAUGUGCUCACGGGUAUUCUUUUCACGUGACACAACAACCCGUUAUUACGAAAAUUUUUUAAUACUUCGCGUGACGUUUGGUGCUGAAAACUUGGAACGGAGGGAGGCAGAAUAUUAAAACCUCUUUGUUACAAGUUGAUCGUUCAAUACCUUUGAGAAAUAGUAUGAAAAGCAUGCGCGCUAAUAAUAAACAGAGAUAUUUUCUGGAAAAGAAACAGAUGUCAGUCUCUUGACAACAUUCGACAUGGACAGUUCGAAAUAUAUCGCACACCAAGAUUUCGAAUGGGCGAUGAAAUUGAAUCGUAUCACUUUAGAAUUUAUUGGACUUUGGCCCAAAACCAUAGAGAACUCUCGACAGAAAUUAAUGUGCAAUUUACGAGUGCUGGCCGUUUUCCUUGCGCUAACGUUCUGCAUUCUGAUUCCUUGUCUGCAUUCCUUUAUAAGAAUUUAUGGAGAUAUCAUGCUAAUGAUAGAUAAUUUACAAUUUACGAUAUCGCUUUUAAGUGCCACGAUAAGAAUCAUAAUUUUUUGGUGGAAGAAAGAAGAUAUGAUUGCGGAGGAUUGGGAAAGACCGAAAAAUGCACAAGAGAGGAAUAUAAUGAUCAGAAGGGCACAGAGUGCACGCUUAAUUAUUAUGUCCGCAUAUUCCAUCAUGGCACUAGGAUGCGUCUUUCUUAUUAUCCUUCCCGGAUUUGGAGUCUCGAUAAGACUGUUGUCCAAUAUUACUGAUCCAGGCAAACCAAUGCCUUUACAAUCGUAUUAUUUUUAUGACAUAACUAAAAGCCCGCAGUACGAACUAACAUUCAUUAGUCAAGCAAUCGUCAUGAUUCUCGGGAUUAUGUCCUAUUCUGGAAUCGACAAUUUUCUCGGGUUACUAAUCUUCCAUAUAUGCGGCCAACUGGACAUUCUUAAACAUCGUUUGACAUAUCUGGAUAAAUAUAUUAAUUCUUAUGCCAUGCUAAAAAGCUGUGUGACAAAGCACAUUAGUUUACUUAGAGCUAUUGAGGUUAUCGAAGAUACAUAUAGCAUAACACUUCUGGUAUUAUUUCUAUGCUUCUUGAUACUUUUCGCCCUCCUUGGUUUCCGGGUAAUUACAAUAUUCGACGAAGGAAAUGAUUUGUCAAUCCCAAGGUUGGUAUUCUUUGUAUCCACGAUUUUCAAUAUAUUUGGACAUAUGUGUUUGUACUGUGCUCUAGGCGAAUAUUUGGUGGCCAAA